GCUGGCGAUUAGGUUUUUCUGUUAUCUGAUGGUUAUUUGGUAGUUAUUUGGAAAAGACUACACACAUUCAAAUGGCUCAGGUUCAGCCCCCUGCAGGAGGACCUCACAAUGUUGUGGUCACACAGCCUGUCCCCGCAACGGUCGUCGUGUCUCAGCCUCCUCAGAGGGACUGGAUGGUUCCAGCUACACUCACCUAUUUGUGUUGCUUCUGGUCGACCGAAAUUGAAGCUAUUUAUUCUGCAUGCUGGGCAGAAGAAGCAGCAUCUAGUUGCGACGUUCCAAAAGCGGAAGUUCAGUAUAAACAAGUGCGCCUAUUUGUCAACAUAUCCAUAGCAGUCGGGUGAAAGGAAAAAUAAACAAAG